AUGGAGAAGACGGACUGUACAGACCCACUGCCAGGGCCCGACCUGCUCGCCGGGACCACAGGGUUGGAGGUGGUGGGAGGUGCAGGCGAGGAGUCGAUGGUUACAGGGAUCAGUUCCAAGUUGUUCCGCUCCGUGUGCGUCUGCCACUGGAUCCCUCUGGCCUACAGGGAGGAGCUCUAUCAUGUGCUGAAACUCACCGGACCUCUGUUGACGUCCCGCAUCCUAAACUUCCUGUUGCCAUUUGUCAUCACCAUAUUCUGUGGUCACCUUGGCAACGCUGAGCUGGCAGGUUAUGCUCUGGGAUCAGCGGUGAUCAAUGUAACCACCACUUCGACGGGAUACGGCCUAGCUCUAGCCUGUGAUACUCUCGUCUCUCAGACAUUUGGUAGCAGUAACCUUCGUCAUGUCGGCGUGAUUCUGCAGAGGGGAGUUCUGAUCCUUCUGCUGUUCUGUCUGCCAUGCUGGGGCAUCCUGAUCAACACACACACCCUACUGCUGGUCAUGCACCAGGAGGAAGAGGUGGCGAGGAUUGCCCAGCUGUAUGUGUAUUGUUACCUACCUGCUGUUCCUGCUAUGUUCCUACACCAGCUGCAGACCGCCUACCUACAGAACCAGGGAAUCAUUCUACCUCAGAUGUACACAGCAGCUGUAGCUAACAUCAUCAACCUGGCUUUGAACUAUUUCCUGCUGUUCAGCCUAAAGAUGGGUGUAACAGGAUCUGCUAUAGCUAACAGCUUGGCUCAGAUGACCCUCUGUGUGCUGCUGUAUGGCUACAUCCGCUGGAAAGGCCUCCACAAGAACACCUGGGCAGGCUGGACCACUGAAUGCCUCCAGGACUGGGGCUCCUACAUGCAGCUGGCUGUCCCCAGUACCCUGAUGGUCUGCUUCGAGUGGUGGGUCUGGGAGAUAGGAGGCUUCCUCGCUGGAAUGCUUGGAGAGGUAGACCUGGCUGCUCAGCAUGUGUUGUUGGAGAUCGGAGCCAUUACAUACAUGUUCCCUCUAGGUGUCCAUGCAGCUGCUUGCGUGCGUGUGGGGAAUGCCCUGGGGGCAGGAAACACCUCCCAGGCACUACUGACCUGUAAAGUAGCCCUGCUCCUCUCAGGUGGGCUGGCUUUAUUGCAGGGAAUUGCCAUUGGUUGUUCCAGAAAUUCCUUAGGCUUAAUCUUUACCAAAGACCAAGACAUAGUAGACAAUGUGUCUCUUAACCUGGGGCUCUACACUUUCACACAGUUCUUUGAUGCUUUGCUGUGUGUAUGUUCAGGCAUAAUAGUGGGAGCUGGUAAACAGAAGAUUGCUGCUCUGUCCAACCUGGUGUCCUACUACUGCAUUGGCCUGCCUGUUGGCAUCGCUCUGAUGUUUGCUGCCAAGCUAAGAGUACUAGGUCUGUGGUUGGGGAUCUGCAUCUGCGUUGUCCUCCAGACCGGGUUUUUCAUCACCCUCAUCUUCAAACUCAACUGGCAGCGCAUCACAGAAGAGGCCCAAAAGCGUGCUGGGAAGAGUGGACAUGUGUCAAUUGUUUCAGCCAAGCCUCACAUUGGACAGCCGGUGACUGAUGUGUUGCCUCCAGAAAGCACUGACAUGGCCCAGACAGACAUUGAUAAAUCCAAGCUGUCAGGUUACAUCCCAGUCAGUACCCAGACAGGAGGAGGCGGGGAGGUGCAGGGGGAGCAACACGAGCCAGUGGCCCCAGGCAACCAGUCCUUAGCCCCGCUCUCCAGCUCCCAGCUGGUCCUGAGGAGGGGCUCCACUCUUCUGGCUGUGGUUCUCCUCUUGGCCAUCGGAGUGGCUGUUCACCUGGCCUGUCCACCUCCCUCACCCUCCACCCUCAGUGGUUCCAACAUCACCUUGGACUGGACCAACUCCACCUCUCCCACACCCACCCUAGAGCUCACCUCCUCAUUCUGAUUGGAGGAGAAGGGAGGGGAGAUGACAGGAGAGGAGUGAAGAGAAGGGAGGAGGGGGACUAUCAGUACAUGUCAGUCAGUAGGAAAUUCUAUUUUUGUUUAAAUCAUAUUUUUAUUAUUGUAUUUUUAUUUUGAAAAGAGACCCUCCACACAGUAUUUUUGAGUGAUUCUUCAUGAUGGAGGCUUUAAAACAGCAGUUGGAGGAACGGAUCAACCACCUGGAAUAUUUAGUCACCUGAGCACUCCUCCGGUCGGACUAUGGGUCCUAUCCGGUAGGUGAAUCAACACAUGCUAAUGUUAACAUAGCACAACAGCCUUACCUAAGGCUAGAGCUCAAAAAAUAUCCCAAAGCUUGACAGAACGCAGUAAAAACUGGUGAACAGAGCAAUAUCAGAGUGAGUGAUUGAAUGAGACGAUAACGCAGCAUGAAAUAUGUGAGCGUGAUACAAUACUUUGACUGUGUAGCAGCUACUCUAGAUGUCGAGCUACUAAAUGUAAACGGACAGACACUGAUUGUUAUACACGGGAUUACAUCAAAUCUAGAGCAUUCCGUCCCAGACCUGGGUGAGACGCUCCCCUGGACGUGUCCUAAUGCCACUGGAUUAACCGCAGAGGCUUUGAAACCAGCCUUCCCCAAUGACACAUCUUAAUGGCGCAGCACCGGGGCUAGACCGAAGGCAUCAACACCAGCCGGGACAGAGGCAAAUCCAACAAGAAAUCAAAUAACAGAGCACCAAAGCACACUCCGCCAUUUGAACUCUCACAGCAAAACAGACACCAUACCAUACCAUACCAUACCAUCAUCUUCCGCUUAUCCGGGGCCGGGUCGCGGGGGCAGCAGUCU